GAAUGGACGAGAACGAAGAGACGAAAACAAGGUCUUCUCAGGGAAGAUAGAUCAGAUCACCAUCCUGGCUUCCUGUUGACCUGCACAAGGUCACCCAGAACCCAAAUGUUACAGACCAAAGGUGUAAAAAACACCAAAAUCCCUGAACGUGUGUUGGUGCGUGCACUUAUUUAUAUAUCUUCAAAACGCCCUCCUUCUUUGGGACAUGACAGGUGCCCCCCAUCUCCACCUGUCCAUCCUUUUCCACAGCCACAUGGUGGCGGACAAAUCCAGAAAGGGAUCAGUCAUUCAAGAAAUGGCAUGCUGAAGUGCCACGGGGCCACGGAAGAUCUCUGGAUACCAGAUCAGACGCAGCUGCCCCCCGGCUGCUAUUUUCACUCAGCUUAAAGUACCAUGGGCAGCCAGCAUCUACACCAUGGACUACCCACAACUAUCAGUCUAUCUCUGCACGCCAUGAAGUCCACCGUAGGGGAGUACGAGCAUCCUGCACACGAUACCCAGAGCUUGCCCUCCGACCCUGAUGAGCUGGACAGUGGCAGCGAAAGCUCGGAGAAAUCCACCGGCGCAGGAAGUCCCAUGCAGGGCCACAGGGAGGCUGGGAGACGCAGAGGGUGUCAUAGACUUUCAGGGGUGAGCAAACAACGUCAGGCAGCCAAUGCUCGGGAGCGAGACCGCACACAUAGCGUCAACACUGCCUUCACGGCUCUGCGUACCCUCAUCCCUACAGAGCCAGCCGACAGGAAGUUGUCAAAAAUCGAGACUCUGCGAUUGGCAUCGAGCUACAUUUCACACUUGGCCAACGUGCUUCUGCUAGGGGAGGACUGCAUGGACGGGCAGCCGUGUCUGAAAUAUCACAGCAUCUUACAAAGCAACACCAACCUCAAAACUCCACCGGUUCGACCCAUCUGCACCUUUUGCUUGAGUAACCAGAGGAAAAUGCUUAGAGAUGGGGAAAAGCACACAACUGCGUGACAGCAGAAGUUCUCCCGACUGUCCGCUGCUACGUAGGAGCUCUCAACUUCUGAAUGUUUACAUGUAAAGAGACAUUUUCUUGCACAGAGACAAAACACUGUUUUAUGUUUUUUGUUUAUCUCUGAGGACAGACAAAACAAGCGACAAGAUGAGAGGCGAAUAUGCACUUUUUCUGCAUGCGUGUCCACUUUAUCAACUGUGUUUUGGUUAAUGUAACCGGAGAAUAUGUGUAAAGUUGCACCUGGUGGGAGGCUAUUUCAGUAUCAGAUAUAGUAAGCAACACCAUCCCUCGCCUUAAAAAACAGUCUUGUGUCUGCCUCAUGCACGUCACAUGAUAGUAAUUGAAACCUUGCGGUUUGCAGGGGUCGCUGUCAGUACAACAGCGGGUAAAAAUCUCCUCCCCUCCCUCUUGUCUCCACAUCUACGGCGGGACCACUAUCCCAACAUGGCUCUCAGAAGACUGUAAACAAGAUUCUAACCUCAGCAUGAUCAUUUGGGUUGGGCAAAUACAUGCACAGUAUUUCAUAAUUAGAGAGACAUAAUCAAACAUGUCUUGGGAACUGGUUUUUGGUCAAGGAACAUGAUCCCUUACAGGAACCCUGGGUUAUAUGAUCCUGACCCCAAAUGUUUUAUAGCCUACCCUAAAUCCUUGCGGUCAUAAUUU